AUGCAUGUUUGGCCCUUUGAAAUAGGUCUUUUGGAGCAUUCUGGAGCAUAUGGACAUGAGGAGCAUGGAGGGACUUGGCACAUGGAAGCAGCUCAACUGGACACGCAAAGGAAGAAGGGAGAAGCCAUCUUGAAGACCAGCUCGACCGUCCACUCGACCAACCGGUCGAGUUCCUCAACUCGACCGGCCAAGCUUCAACUCGAUCGAGCUGAGGGAAGUCAAAGUCAAACCCGAAAAAUGUUGCUUCCCCCUUGA